ACAAUCCUCAGCUGCAACGAGGAAACAGAAAACUGCGUGUGUUGUCAUGGCGGCUAAUACAGCAAAGAUGUAUGGUACCGCGAAAGAUUCCAGCAGCAGUGAGGACGAAGAGCUGAAAAGAUGUCAAGAAGCGCUUUGGGAUCCACGACUAAGUGAAGCUAGUGGAAUUGGUAACACAAGCGAAUCAAAACGCCUUCAAGUUGUUAACCAUGAACAUGAUGGAAACAAGCUCCAGGUCACCCAGGGAUUUCAAACUCAUGUUGCCAAAAAGUUAGGACAAUUUCUUGACAGUUGCUUCACAGAAAUUCAGGCGGACAUUUCACUGUGUAAGAAUCCGUCAAAAUGUGAAGAUGAAGACGGGUUUCUCUUGUUCUCUACGUCACUCCCAAGACAGACAGCAGAUGAUCCCCCAGCUGCGGUACGACGCCAACAUCUUCCCAGCUCAAGUGACAGCGACAGUGAAAUGGAAAGGAGGCUGAAAGAGGCAGCUGUGCCGUUGAAAGAUCUCUUGCCAUCAUCGUCCCUUGUUUCCUCACCAACAGCAGCAGCACUUCCCCACUUGGAAAAGAAAAAAAAAAAAUCAUCUGAUACUGAAGCUGUGACCACGCAGGUUCAAAGGGGAAACUCCACAAAGUCAAACGGAAAACGAAAGUGUCAGAAAAUGACUAAUGGGACUAAAAUGUAAAGGGUUCUUUGUACAUUGUCUAAAGCAUUAAAAGAUUGGACGAAAACACA